AUGUCUCCUUACCUCAACGGCAACGAGCCUCCCGCAGUGGGCGAGGACCUGAUCAAGUCCAAGCUCGAAAAUCCGCCUGUCGCCGAUGAUUACAUGUAUGAUUUCAAGUACAAUCAUGCACUUCCCACGUCUGACGUUCUCGGCCUCGAAAUCCCCGCCGAUUGCGAUGCUCACAAGGAGGCCAAAGCUAUCGUCGAUCAACUCGCCGAGGUCAUGGGCAAAGGUGAUGCUCAGGGCUUCGCCAACAUGUUCCUUGAAUAUGGUGUUUGGCGAGAUAAACUCAGCUUCACGUGGGACUACCGCACAUUCAACUUCCGAGAAGCCAUUUUGAAAGCUGCGACGGACCUUUUCACUACCAAGGCCACGAAUUUCCAAUUGCUCAAGCCCGAGCCCAAUAUCGCUCGCCCAUAUCCCGACUUUGCGCAGCUACAAUUUGUUGUAUCCUUCGAGACCCAGGAUGUCGUUGCCUCAGCAGUCAUCAACAGCGUACUCACCAAGGACGGCUGGAGGAUUUACACAAUGCACACCGCGGCCGAGAAGUUGAAGAAGUUCCCAGAGGUCCCUGUGGCUGACGGCCACAUGACAGGGCCCGUGAGUUGGGAGAAGCAAAGGGCUAUCGAUGUUGAUGCGGCUGAUCCGGAGAUUCUGAUUAUCGGAGGUGGCCAGAAUGGUCUUGCACUUGCUGCCCGAUGCAAGGCUCUCGGCAUGGACAACUUGAUCAUCGAGCGCAGCGCCGAGAUUGGCGAUGUCUGGAAGAACCGAUACGAAUACCUUUCGCUCCAUUUCCCUCACUGGGCCGACGACCUGCCAUACUUCCCCUACCCCAAGCACUGGCCCACGUAUACGCCGGCCCAAAAGCAGGGUAUCUACAUGGAGUGGUAUGCCUCGGCUCUAGAACUCAAUGUCUGGCUCAAGUCGACGGUCGUCAAGGCCGAACAAGAUAGCGAGGGCAACUGGACUGUUGUCAUCAAUAAAGGAGGCAACGAGACCCGCACCCUCCAUCCCAAGCAAGUAGUCAUGGCCACUUCUUUGUGUGGCAAACCUAUGACUCCCGAAACUCCCGGAAUGGCUGAUUUCAAGGGUGUCAUCCGCCACUCCACAGCACACGACAGCUCGCGCGAAUUUGUUGGCAAGAAGGUCUGCGUGGUUGGCACGUCGUCGUCUGGAUUCGACACAGCCUUUGACUGCUCCCGCCGCGGCAUCGAUGUCACCCUCCUCCAGCGCUCCCCCACCUACAUCAUGUCCCUCACUCACUCCGUUCCCCGAGUCAUCGGCAACUAUGCUCCGGAUGCCGACCUCAACCGGCCGGACCUUGAGGAGCAAGACCGCCUGUUCUUUGCUACUCCCGUCGGCCCGGGUGAGGAGCUCUCUAGGCGUAAUGCCAGUGUCCUCGCAGGACUUGAUAAAGAGCUUCUUGACGGUCUCAACGCUCGUGGUCUCCGGACCUGGCUCGGUCAGCGAGGCACCGGUGGUUCCACUCUAGGCCAGACCCGUAACGGUGGCUUCUAUUUUGAUGCUGGCGCCUGUGAGCACAUCAUCAAUGGAAAGAUCAAGGUUGAACCUGGAUACAUUGAGCGUUUCACCGAAGAUAAGGUGAUUCUCAGCGGUGGCCGCGAGCGCGAGUUCGACCUGGUUGUGUUCGCGACCGGGUUCACCAACACCAUCGACUCUAUUCGCUCGGCUCUUGGGGACAAGAUUGCUGAUCAAUGUGACCCCAUCUGGGGAAUCGACCAGGAGGGCGAGUUCAAAGGAGCCUACAGAGAAUGCGGCGUGCCCAAUCUCUGGAUCUUUGUUGGAUACCUCCCGUAUACCCGCUAUCAUUCCAAAUUGUUGGCUCUACGCCUAAAAGCCUUGAAGGAAGGUGUGGGCUCUGCUCCUUACAAGGUAUAG